UCAUGUUUGUAUUUCAAAUUUUGAUUAUUAAUCGACAUCCACCUGUCAAUACGUGUCUAUCCACCUUUAAGUGAGAAGCUUUUCUUUUACAAAUAUUUUUCUCCGGCCAUUAAAUGACUUCAAAGUGGGAAUCAAACGAGGACAUUCAACGGUUUCGAGAAUAUCUUCGCAUACCGACAGUCCAGCCGAACGUAAACUAUGAUGAAUGUGUCACUUUCCUUAAACGGCAAGCUGAGGAGUUAGAUCUUUCAGUUGACAUCUUUUAUCCUGCUUAUCCGACAAAGCCAGUUGUAAUAUUGACAUGGCAGGGUACCGACCCGACUCUAGAAUCAAUUCUCUUAAAUUCUCAUAUGGAUGUGGUUCCUGUCGAUCUCGAGCAUUGGACACAUAAACCAUUUGAUGCUGAUAUUGACGAUGAAGGUCGAAUUUUUGCUCGUGGUACACAAGAUAUGAAAUCCGUUGGAAUGCAAUAUUUGCGUGCGAUCAAAGCGUUGAAAGAGCAAGGAGUACAAUUAAAGCGAACCGUUCAUCUGAUGUAUGUACCAGACGAGGAGAUCGGUGGAGAAAACGGAACGCGCGCUUUUGUUGGCACUGACGCAUUCAAACGUUUAAAUGUAGGAUUUGCACUAGAUGAAGGAAUUGCGACUCCAGAUGAAACAUUCUCAGUCUUUUAUGCGGAACGAAGUGAAUGGCGUCCGCAUUUCAAAUGUUAUGGAACAACUGGUCACGGUGCAUUGUUGCACGAAAAAACGGCUGGUGAAAAAAUUCGUUUUAUUAUCGAUCGCUUCAUGGACUAUCGGUCUGAACAAGUACAAAUUUUGAAAAAUAAUCCAGCGCUUAACGUGGGUGAUGUUACAACAGUGAAUUUAACGAUUUUACAAGGUGGCGUUCAAGUUAAUGUUGUACCUACGUUUCUUUCGGCUAAUUUCGAUGUUCGACUAUCGAUAAAUGUUGACCAUGAUGAAUUUGAGAAAAUGCUACGCAAGUGGUGUGAGGAGGCUGGAGAGGAUAUCGAGCUCACCUUUGAAGCAAAACGGCCAAAGGUUCCUGCCACUCGCAUUGAUGGCACAAAUCCAUAUUGGACAGCCAUAUAUGAGACUUUAGUCAACGAUUUGAAGCUGAAAAUAAAGCCACUUGUAUCUGCGGUACGCACUGACAGUUGCUAUAUUCGUGAAAUUGGAAUUCCAGCUAUCGGGUUCUCUCCAUUGAAUCACACACCAGUAUUGCUCCAUAGUCACGAUGAAUUUGUAUCAGCGGAUGUUUAUUUGACCGGCAUUACAAUUUAUGAAAAUUUGAUUAAAAAACUUGCCAACGUCUGAAACGACUGAACUAACGAUCCACGUUUUUAUUUUUG